AUGUUCGAUUCGGAAGACGAUUGUCAAAUACAACAAGAAAAUGAGAUAAUGGCGAUCAAGGCAAUUUACGAACAAGAUUUCACAUAUACAGAAAACUCUAUAAAAGCCCCACGAUUUCGAGGAGUCCUUUCGAUUAAAAUUUCUCUUCCUCAAGAAGAUUUGAUAUUUUUUACUGGUGAAAGAAAUGCCAGUAGUGAUCCUCCACUUAAAGUUCGGUACCUACCUCCAGUCAAAAUCAUAUUUGCAAUGCCAAAUGAUUAUCCAAAUCAAAAGGCAUUAAAAUUUGAACUUGAAUGCCUUUGGAUGCGUUGGGAUUGGUUAAGAAAACUAGAAAGGAAAUUGCUACAAAUUUGGGAAGAAAAAAAGGAAGUGGUCUUAGAUUAUUUUGCAGAAUUCAUACAAUAUGAAGCUUUGGAUUAUUUACAAAUAACAUUCCCUUUGAGACUUAAUGAUGAUUAUAUUGGUGGAUCCAUGCUCAAAACGAUUAUACAUACAUAUAAUCAACAAGCCAUGAAUCAAGACUUUGCCAAUGAUCAUUUUAAUUGUGGCAUUUGUCUCGAGGAGAAGCGUGGUGAACGAUGUUUUCAACUUCGUACAUGCCAACAUGUGUUUUGUCAGGAAUGUCUUAGUGAAUAUUUUAUAAUGCUUAUUCGUGAAGGAUUCAUUUUACAAAUAAAAUGUCCGGAUCCUGGUUGUAAAUCGCAACAUAAAUUGUCCGCUGACGAAGUGUCAGAAAUAGUUGGGCCUGAAAUGGGAAAAAGAUAUUCAGAUCUAUUAGAAAAGCAGAAGUUAGAGACUGAUCCUUUAGUUACCUAUUGCCCUCGUAUAAUUUGUCAAGCACCUGUCAAGAAAGAUUCCAAUUUUGAAAAACUUUGCAUAUGCACGAAAUGUAGGUUUGCUUUUUGUUGGUUCUGUCAACGAACUUGGCAUGGGGCUAGUACACCCUGCCAUUUGGACAACACUAAGAAGAUAGUCGAAGAGUAUAUGAAUGCAGAUGAGUCCACAAAAGCAAUAAUGGAGCUUCGUUAUGGAGCAAAGAAUUUGGAGAAAUUGGUUCGUGAUGCCACUGCUGAAUUAGAGACGGACAAGUGGGUGAAGUCUAACACACAACCAUGCCCACAGUGCGAGACACCCAUUGAAAAAUCAAUGGGGUGUAAUCAUAUGGUAUGCACACGUUGCGAAACGCAUUUUUGUUACUUAUGUGGACAUUGGAUAGAUUCUAAAGAGCCUUAUAAGCAUUUCAAUGAUUCCAAAUCUCCAUGUAAUCAACGAUUGUUUGAUGGAGUAAAUGUGGACGAUUUUGAUAUACCAGAUGAUUUUGUUAUUGUUUGA